AUGACAACAAAGAACUUAACCCCACAUACCAAAUAUUGUAAGACCGAACAUAGCAUAACUCACUACAUACACAUAAGCAAAACCCUUGACCAACUAAAACAAACACAUGCCCUCUUACUUAAAACCCUACCUAAAACCCACCACCAAAAUUAUUUAACCCAAUUUCUCUUCCAUCUCCUUAAGCUAUCCGGUGAUAACUUGAGCUAUGCACGCCAAGUGUUCGACAAAAUACCCAAUUGUAGGAAUCAAUUCCUCUGGACUUCCCUUAUACGUAGCCAUGUUGUUCAUACUCAAUUUAGCCAUUCCAUUUGGUUGUAUGCUAAAAUGCAGCGGUUGGGUGUAUUGCCAUCUGGGUUCACUUUCUCUUCCGUGCUCAAUGCAUGUGCUCGUAUGCCGGCAUUUCUUGAAGGCAAACAAGUGCAGGCUAAAGUAGUGCAAUUAGGUUACUUCCGGAACAAGUUUGUAAUAACUGCAUUGCUUGACAUGUAUGCAAAAUGUGGGUUUGUAUUGGACGCGAGAAGAUUAUUUGAUAUGAUGGAUGAUGAGGAUAAAGAUCUUAUUGCAUGGACUGCUAUGAUUUGUGGAUACACUAAGAUGGCUAUGAUGGAUGAUGCGCAAAGACUGUUUGAUAGCAUGAGCCAGCGCAAUGUGAUUUCUUGGACUGCAAUGGUUGCAGGGUAUGCAAAAUGUGGUGAUAUGAGAGCGGCAAAGGAGUUUUAUGAUAGGAUGAUAGAGAAGAAUUCUGUGACAUGGGUUGCUAUGAUUGCAGGGUAUGGGAAGUGUGGUGAUGUGAGUGAGGCUAAAAGAGUGUUUGAUGAGAUUUUGGAACCUGAUGCUUCAUGCUGGGCAGCAAUGGUGGCUUGUUAUGCACAAAAUGGGUAUGCUGAGAAAAGUAUUGAAUUGUAUAAGGUGAUGAGAGAAAAAAAUGAGAGAAUCAGUGAGGUAGCAAUGGUGGGAGCUAUCUCAGCUUGUACACAACUUGGAGACAUUGAAAUGGCAACUAAAUUGGCUGAGCAUGUGGAGCAAGGUUGCUGUGGUAAGUUCUUCUGGUUGUACAUUUUAUCAUUAUAG